UACCUGUUUUCUCGCGAUGUUUCGCGAGCAAACAUGAGCGGAUUUCUUUGCCAAAUUAUCAGUGCUACGUUUGUUUAAAACCACUGAAUAGCCGCGAGUACGUUAUGUUUUCGAUUUAAAUUACGACUAGUAAUUCCAAGAGUUAAAAGUUUGAAUUUUGAUAUCUAGGCCGGCUUGUGCAGGUGAAAAAGACUCUUUCUUAUCAUUUUAUUGAUUACUUGUGAAAACAUUUCACAAAUACGAGAAAAUUAGUCCGAUGAAGGUUAGAUCGCAAACUUCGUCGAAUAUGGAUCUUUUUUUCUCGAUUUCUCGCGCAACUGAGUAAAAUUUAGCUCAAUUUUCGUUGCGAAUUGAAUGUGAGAAGUUUACAAAUAUGGAAAUAGCAAAUUUGCAUUCUCACUGUUGGAGAACAACUCUGUCUUUGUUUGAGCCCAUGCCUUUCUCUGAAUACAAAUGUCCUCACUUUCAGCCAUUCAGGGUUUCAUAAUUCUCAAUCUAGUUAUUUCACUCUUGAUUACUGCUUUUUUUGCCCUCGCUAACCAAAUUAUAAAAUCUUCACACUACAUUUUAAUUUUCAGCUCACGAAUCCUGGAUUACUGAGCAAAACUGAGGCCAUUUCUGAGGCGUACAGGCUAUUCCUUCUCUGGAUGUGUGUGGAUGGUUAAUUACAAUUCUAGACAUCUUCAUAAAAUAAUAAUGUAACAAUUUUCAAUGGUCUGCGAACACACAGUCAUAAAUAUAUUGAUGUAAACAUGUGUCAAGGCUUGCAUUUGUUAAAUCAGUGAAGCCAACAGUGAAGAGAAGGCGAACGACUUAUAAGGGCGAAAUCGACAUGAUCUGUCGGGAAGAUCGCUAGAACCCCGCGCCCAGUUAAAAGAAUCGUCGAUAUUGACCAGCACUGAUUACGCAUGUGUACAAAUUUUGCGGUGACAGCGGCCCAAGUAACGCGACAUACAAGAUUAAUCUGCAAGCCUACUGACGGAGGGCUAUUUUCGUUGUUGUGACAUUUUUAAUGUUGACGACGGCAACCACUUCUGCCUCAACUAGCGCGGAUCCGAAUGGGGCACCGGGCAACAACUAUCGUGGUUAUAAACAGUUGAUGGAAAGAUUUGACGGCUUAGUGAACUACAGUCCUUCAAAUAUGGACGAUCCGAUUGUUUUAAACGUUGCAGGCAAGCGAUUUGAGACUUACGAAGAAACUCUUGCAAGAUUUCCCGAAACUCUCCUGGGAUCUGUGAGUCGCAGGGCCAAGUUUUACAACGCUAAACGGCAAGAAUACUUUUUCGAUAGACACCGAUCAGCGUUUGACGCAAUCCUUUAUUAUUAUCAAUCUGGAGGAACUCUCAUAAGGCCCGAGCAUGUCCCACCUCACGUAUUCAUCAACGAAGUUGUGUUCUUCGACCUACCAGAAGAGGCUGUACAAGUCGUUCAGCUGGAGGCGGGAAUAGCCGAUGAGCCCGAGGAACAACCAAUGCCCAACAAUUACUACAUGGGAUUAAUUUGGAACACUUUGGAAUAUCCCAAUUCGUCGAAGUUGGCCAAAUUUCUAGCGAUUUUUUCGGUAGUAGUUAUUACUCUUUCUUUAAUCAUUUUUUGCAUCGAGACUCUGCCGAAUUUCAAGAAGCCAGCUCCAAACCCUUACGAUGAAGUUUGGUUUAAACUUAACACUUUUGUCAUCGUUUGGUUUACUGGCGAGUAUGUCAUUCGCUUCAUUACUUCUCCGCAAAAAUUCAAAUUUCUUAUCGGGGCGCUGAACAUUAUUGAUUUAUUAUCCAUUCUGCCUUAUUACGUUCAACUUGGACUCGACGAGGACGACUCAUCUAUCUCUGUCCUGCGUGUGGUGCGUGUGGUCCGCGUGUUUCGUGUGUUUAAACUCUCGCGCCACUCGCGUGGGCUCCAGAUAUUAGGGAACACGCUCAGAGCGAGUUUAAAUGAACUGGUUAUGUUAAUGUUCUUCUUAGCUAUUGGAGUUAUGAUAUUUGCUAGUUGCGUCUACUACGCUGAAGGAGGUAAAGAUACCGAUUUUCAAAGCAUUCCGCACUCCUUCUGGUGGGCUGUCGUUACCAUGACGACGGUGGGUUAUGGAGAUGUAUCCCCCAUCAGUUUUCCCGGGAAAAUCGUGGGUGCACUUUGUGCAAUCUCAGGGGUGCUAACAAUUGCUCUUCCUGUUCCUGUUAUUGUAUCCAACUUCGAGAAUUUCUACAACAAGGAGAUGAACCGACGAAAAGAGGAAGAAUUGAAAAAAGCUGAAGAAGCUCGAGAUAGAGAAGAACAGAAAAAGACUGGUACAAACAACUCCAAGAAUCACAUGGAGCUGGACAGCAUGGACGGAAAAACUCCCAAAUCACCUCGAGGAGUUUUAGUUUGUGGAUUAAAAAACGGAGAGGAAAAUUCUUCUGAUAAGACUCACACAACAGUUUAACAUACGACCGUUACAAGUUGUAAGUGAAGUCACUUGGAAUUGCACAUUUUGAUUAUAUGAAAUGACAUUUAUUCAGCGACAUUAAUAAUCAAUUUUAAUACACGCAAGCUAAAGAGAUUCAACUCCAUUCCGGCAAGAAAUGGGAGUUGAAGGUUUCCUCGCCAAAGGGGAAAAAAUGACACUUUAACACAGUGAAAAUGUAACAAAUGAAAAUUGCGAAGAACUGCAAAAUUGGCGAAAUUUCGACUGCGAAAUAUACUUGAACCAACUACGGACCGGUUAGUAACGUCACGACCUCUUCACGUGAUAAUGGAAGACGAUACGUGGCUCCAGAUAUAGAACGCGUACAGACCAGAAAUAGCACGUUAAAUAUUCCGCAAUUUCAUUGCGAUUUAUAAAAAUCCUUCGAGUGUAAACUCUAGCAAGGUUCAUCCAGAUUAUCUCACGCAAGAAAAGAAGGACGUGAAUUAACAAAUUAAAAAUACGAGUAUUAACACAAGCAAAUGGAACCGAAGUCAGGGCAGUCAAGUUAUCAAAUGAUAGCUAUCAGUCUUUCAAAUUCAGAAUUUGUCUUCACGCUAUGCUGAAGUUCGGAUGAUGACGCAUUUGCCCACAUAGACCAAAACUUUGAAAGACCUUUCAGACUAGUAGACGCAGGAAUCUCAAUGGGUAUUUCCUAUGGAAAGACUGUUUUUACCCACAGGUUCGUUAGCCCUGUACAAAUCACAGUAGCCCAAAGGAACAAGUUGACUUCUGUUAUUCGGCCUCUUUUCCAAGGUCUUCUUUACCGAUGUGCUGGAGUGAAUUUGCUUCAGUGGAACAUGACAUUGUUUGGAGCACAAACUCAAGCGCACAAUCGUUGACGCCCUUUUAAAGCACUUGCACGUCGAACAAAAGCCAGAAAAGGGCUAACAGGCAACAUUACGCCUGAAAAAUGCUGAUGAUAUUCAUUUGCAGGUAAAAGGCAACCCUGUAUGAUUAAGCGAAAUUCUGCAGAACUACCGUGACAUUGAAAUAAACGAACGUAGAUUGAUCAUCACUACACACAGCACAGGUAGCUCAGGCUCAGAAACGAAGCAAGCGCGCCAUUUGUUAUACGGGGAAAAGGUCCCGAACAGCGAUGGCGGACUUAUCUGUCUUGGCCUACUCGUCAAGAUGUUAAAUAGUACGGAAUAUAAAACUGAAAUCAAUUUAGCCAACUGAGGUCAAUAAUCGCCGUGAAAUAAAGAAGGUAAAUUUAUUAUAGAUGCACAGCGCAAAUUUUAAUAUUAAUGUAUUCGUCACACGUGAGCUAGGUGAAGUUAGCGAAUUAACUUGUAAUACCUGUUUCUCGUGUCAAAAAUAGUCUCAUUCAGAAGUCCAAUAAAUUAUUAUGCGGUAUUCUGGGUUCACAAAUAAUCGUUCCUUAGUUACUCAAUACCGCACAGCCAGGUUAUAGCUAUAACUCGUCUAAUUCUAGGUCUGAGAAGGCUUGCUUAUCGCUGAAUUUGAAAGUAAAAAUUCUAGACUGUGCGGUAUUCAGAUAUCAAAAGAGGUGCCUUAGACAGUGCUUACUAAUAUGCACGGAAGUCUCUUUAAAUGGCAAAACGUUUACCACUCAGAGACCUUAAAUAGCGUAGAUAGUGUUUAAGGGAUGGUUUCAUAGCUCGACGCAUGUGCAAGCUGCAACGUCUUGAUUUCUAUUGUUUAUGAACCAAUUAGGUGCGAGUAGAUGGCUCACAGGUGUGUUCAGAAUAAACACGGCUUUGAGCUGAAUAGAGCUGUUUUCAAUUGAGUGUCGUAAAACCAAAACCAAACCAAUUACUUACUAAUUAGACUAU